GCGCCCCGCUCGGAGCCCUAGGGAAAAACCGAGCACUUCCAUUGAGAAAAGCUUAUUCAAGUUCUGCAAGUCGGAGAGCGCGCAUCGGUUGAUCAGUGAGCUAAGACGUAUACGUUUUUAUUUGGUCGGAUAUACAAUUAACACAUUUUUUUUUUUACAAGACCAAGGAAAUACAGAUCUCGGAGGUAUAGCAGCGCCUCCAGUUACAAAAAUCACUGCGAAGUGCGUAGAGGAUUCGUUUAGUGUGUUUGAGUCUGACCUGUCGGAUCCUGCUUCCUCUUAACCAGCUCCUUUCCUUUGGUAAUGUUAGGCGUAAACAUCGGACAGAAGUGAACAUUUCCUCCGGCCGUCGCUUUAAGCGAAGACCCUUAGUUUCUGAAAUCCUGAAAACCAGGACGAGAUGGAUGGAUUUUACGAUCAGCAAGUCCCUUUUCUGGUUGCCCCCAGUCAUAAAUCUCACGUGGAGGAACCAUGUAGCAGACCAGUAAAUGACAGAAAAAGGAAGUUUGUAGAUACUGAACUUGCCCAAGACACAGAAGAGCUUUUUCAGGACCUCAGUCAGCUGCAGGAGAUUUGGAUUGCCGAAGCUCAGGUGCCUGACGAUGAACAGUUUGUCCCAGAUUUCCAGUCAGAUAAUCUGAUGUUCCAUGGCCCCCCUCCAAGCAAGAUAAAACGUGAAGUGAGUUCCACCAAGGAGCUGACCCCCUGCAGACAGGAGCAGAGCCUUGCACCCUAUGGAGAGAAGUGCCUUUACAGCUGCAGUGCCUGUGACAGGAAGCCCGUCACCGGGUUCAAGCCACUGACUCCCCCGUCCACCCCGGUCUCCCCAUGCGGCUCCGUCACGCUCCAGGACCAGACUCUCCCCCCGGGCCCUGCCCAGGCUCAGGGGCCCCGUCCCGUCCACGGGCACGCCGCCCCCCCCGGCCCCACCCGCCAGAGGCCGCUGCCCCUCCCUGGCCGGCCGCUGCCCUUCGCCGUGCCCUGUCUGCCUGUCAGCCACGGCGAUGCAGCCUACAGCUCUGAGCACAGGUUUCACCGGCAGCUCUCGGAGCCCUGUUUGCCUUUUCCCCCCUCCGAGGCCCAAGGAUGCCAUUCGUUUUCGCCCCAGGCCCCCAGCACCUCACCCCGUGAUGGGCGGCCGGCCUACCACCGUCAGAUGUCCGAGCCCCUCGUCCCCGUGCCCCCCCAGGGCUUCAAACAGGAGCUGCUGGACCCCCGUUAUGCCGAGCAGGGUGUUCCGAACAUGGGCCCCCCCCAGCCAAGUUUUCCCCCCCUGCCCAUCAAGCAGGAGCCCCGAGACUACUGCUUUGAUUCUGAAGUGCCUAACUGCCAGUCCUCCUUUCGGAGAGCAGCUAGUUUCUACCAAAACAACCAUGACAGCUAUGCCUUUGACAGAGAGCCACACCUCUACUAUGACGACACCUGUGUGGUCCCUGAGCGGUUGGAUGGCAAGGUGAAGCAGGAGCCCUCUGUGUUCCGUGACGGGCCCCCCUACCAGCGCCGGGGCUCUCUGCAGCUCUGGCAGUUCCUGGUGACCUUGCUGGACGACCCCGCCAACGGCCACUUCAUCGCCUGGACGGGCCGCGGCAUGGAGUUCAAGCUCAUCGAGCCCGAGGAGGUUGCUAGGCGCUGGGGCAUCCAGAAAAACAGGCCAGCCAUGAACUAUGACAAACUUAGCCGCUCGCUUCGUUAUUACUAUGAGAAGGGAAUCAUGCAGAAGGUAAAGGUUGCUGGGGAACGGUACGUCUAUAAGUUUGUGUGCGACCCCGAGGCCCUCUUCUCCAUGGCCUUCCCCGACAACCAGAGGCCCAACUUGAAGGCCGACACAGACAGCCUGCCCUCGGGGGCCGAGGACGACACCCUGCCGCUGGCUCACUACGAUGAGAGCGCCCCCUACCUAGUGGAUGGGGUGGAGCAGUGCGCAGCAGCAUUGCCGUUCCCAGACGGCUACGUGUACUGACAUUGCAGGCUCACCGAAGCCCGAUCUGCUGAGCAGACUGGGAGAUAUGACCUUGCCCUUGUCUUUCCACCUGACUUCCUGCUUCCAGGAGCCCACCCCCACACUCCAGCCACAGGGAACGGAAGACGAGUCUCCCAGCCACACCCCUUCUGAUUUUAGCCAAUCAGCUGGAACUGAGAGAUAUUGGGCAGAUUGGACACAAAUGGUUUCGUCUUUCUGGGGUUGGCCUUGCUAUGGGGGGGUGGGGGGCGCAGAUGUAGGUGCAGUGCCGGAAGAUUGAGGUUUUUAUUUCAUGUGCAGAUUUAUAGGAAUUGUGGCAAUUCUGUACCGACAAUCUUCUUUUCUAGAAGUGUGACUGUAUCAUAAUUAUUUAAAGGAGAAAGAACCGAGCACUAAACUAUGCCGAUUUCAUUUUAUUGUGUGUCUUCUAAUACUAAACAAAAGCUACAAAAGUAUAUCACAUGCAUAAUAAAUAUAAAAGGCUUUAUUUGUGGAGGAAACUACCUUAGCUUUGUUAACUAGAUUUAUUUGGUUAAACUUUUUUAAGGGUUACUGUACUUGUGUUACUGGUUUUGAAUCCUAAGCCUCUUCCCCUUGAGUUGACACUCUGUAGGUUGUACUGCAGUUUUGGUUGGAUGGCUGUCUAAAGCAAAAGCCUGUUUAAUUAAUUAAAAAAUGUAAUUUAAUUUUUUUUUUUUUUAACAAAGUGCAAUGUGUGCUCAUUUAGUCGCGCUCUGCAGCUGAGCUGUUAGCAUGGUCUUCUGCACCCCGUGUCCGGAAAUGGACCGGACUGGUUUGCUGGGAUCGCACCCCCAGUUCCAAGGGAGCAGUUCGUAAGAUUUGGGCCUUUUUAAUCCCCCAUGUUUUAGUGCAACUACUUUCAAAAGGGAGGCAUGUCACAGGAUUUCCCUGCCGUGAGCUUUGUUUUUAUACAUCUAGAGAUAUGUAUAAGGGAAGAGAGCAACCUCUUUUCAGGCCUUUUGUAUUUGCAGCUUUAAUGUUCCUUUUGGCACUCAAGGAGUUUUGUAAACCAAGCUUAAGAGCGGGGGCUUUAGAGACUGUUGACCUCCCCUUACCCCCCCGCUUCCAGAUUUGUAAGUGGUACGGCCCAGUCAGAAGGGCCACGUGUGUCUGACAAACUGCCUGUAAUGCACUGCUUUUGAGAAUUAAUGCAAAUUAAAUAACCUGCAUCUGUAUAGUUUAAGGUGUCUUUUUUUCUUUUUUUGUGGGGGUAAGGGUACAGAAGGAAAUAAGAAACUUUGUAUAAAUAUAUCUUUGCAAAGCUUGCAUCUGUUUAAUCUGUUGUACACACUGUAUAGAUCUGCUGAUUACAGACAUGUAAGUAUAUCCUAAUCUAGAUCCCUUUGAUACAUUGAUUAAUCACCAAGACUGCAACCUUCUGGUGAGGAGGGUGGGAGGAACUUGUCGCAGGUGGGGCAGUCUGGGGGGAGCGCAUGCUUAGCAUUGAUUGAUGUCUCCCAUAGACGAAUGGACUGGCCUGAGCUGCCCCGUCGUGGGGGUGUGUUGUACAGACAUUCACCUCUCCCUUCACAACUUGUUCCUUACACUGCUGAGUUUGUAAUCUCUACAAUAAAUUACACGUACCGCUCCA